AGGCCCAAUGUUUGAAGGGACCGAUGGAGGUUAUGGAGGGAAUGCAAAUCGAGCCCAAACCUAACUGACAUUCGAGCAAUCGAGCGGCAGCCGUCGCCGUCAAUUCCAAGCAGCCUACGCCGCCUCGCCGAUGGCCGCCGGCGGCCACCUCCGCCCGGGCUCCUACCUGGGGGACGUAUCAGCGCUCUCCUUGCUCCCCUCCUCGCCGCACCCUCUCCUCCUCGCCGGGACUGGAUCGCAGCUGCUCUUGUACGAGGUGGGCGCUGCCAGGCUCGUUGCGUCGUUCCGAGUGUUCGACGGGGUGCGCGUCCACGGCAUCGAGCCCCGGAGCGGAGGCCCCGGCUGUCACAGCUACACGCUUGCGUUGUUUGGCGAGAGGAGGGUGAAGCUAUUCUCCCUCGGAUUCGGUGUUGAAGCAGAUGGCGGUGAGGCGCGGCUGGAGCUGGAGCAGAGGCUCCCGGGGUUUGACCAUUGGGUGCUCGACACUCGUUUCCUUGAGGUCGAUGGGCUGCUUGCGAUUGGUCUGAGUGACAAUUCAGUAGCGCUGUGGGAUCUGAGCAAGCGUGCGUUGGUUACCCGAGUGAAGUCUCCAGAGAAGUGCCUUCUGUAUUCCAUGAGAAUGUGGGGAGACUCUGUUAGAGAGUUUCUUGUGGCAUCCGGGACCAUUUUAAACGAGAUUCUCAUAUGGAAAUUGGCACCGCAAGUUCUGGGAUCCUCCAUGGUAUGCUCCAAUGAAGGAAAUACUUCUGAUGUAAACAGUCCCAAAAUUAUGAAUCCUGAUGAUAGUCAGCACAUGGCAGUUCAUCUUGGUAGGCUCAAGGAGCAUGAAGGCUCAAUAUUCCGAAUAGCUUGGUCCUCUGAUGGAUCAAAGUUUAUGUCUGUUUCUGAUGACCGUAGUGCUCGCGUGUGGACUUUGAGUUUCAAAUCACAGGGUUUCGCCAAUCAUACAGCCAGUCACGACAAUGUUGAAAUUAUACCAAAACUCACACUUUUUGGCCAUAGUGCUAGGAUAUGGGACUGCUAUGUUUCUGAUUCUAUGGUUAUAACUGCUGGUGAGGAUUGUACUUGUUGCAUUUGGGGAAUGGAUGGGAAGCUUAUCAAGAUGUUCAAAGAACACAUUGGACGAGGAAUAUGGCGAUGUUUAUUUGACCCAAGCUCACUGCUUGUGGUCACCGCUGGGUUUGAUUCAGCAAUCAAAGUGCACCAUCUAUGCAACUCCAUUUUUCAUGACAUAGUGGACGAUAAAAAGGUCUCUGGCCUGAACUAUGAUUCUGAGAUCUUUGUAGUAUCCUCUCCUUCUGUUUCGGGGCAGUAUGGUCCCCUGGAUAGCAAAAGCGAGUAUGUUCGCUGUCUACACUUUGCAGAAGAAAAUGUUCUGUAUGUUGCCACAAAUAAUGGAUAUCUGCGUCAGGCCAAACUCUCUAACAUAGAGGAUGUAAGAUGGACUAAGAUUAUUCAGGUCACUGAGAAAGCACCAGUUAUCUGCAUGGAUGUCUUGACAACAUACUCAAACCUUUCUUUGAAUAGGGAGGACAUAAUUGCCCUUGGAGAUGGACGGGGAAAUGUUACUAUUGUCCGUUUAACCAGUAGCAGCAGUGAACCUAAACUAGACCUAUCUUUUACCUGGUCAGCAGAAAAAGAUAGGCAACUACUAGGAGUGUACUGGUGCAAGGCUCUUGAAUGUAGCCACAUUUUCACAGCUGAUCCUAGGGGUGUGCUUAAGUUGUGGAACAUAAGAAAUGUCCUGUUCUCAAGUACUGAUAUUAUCAAUGCACCUCAGAUGUUUCCACCUGUAGCAGUGUUUGAACCGUCCUUUGGAGCUCGAAUUAUGUGUCUAGAUGCAUCUCCUGAAGAGGAGAUCCUUAUAGCUGGUGAUAAAAAGGGUAACAUCACAGCCUAUCCUUUCCCUAAAAUAUUGGUACUGCAUGACAGUGGUCUGAUGCAACAGAAGAUGCUUCCAUGUUGUCGCUUUAAAGGAGCUCAUGGCAUUUCUAGUGUCACGAGUGUUCAUAUAGAAGACUCCACUUCUGAUCAUAUUGAAAUUCACACUACCGGGGGAGAUGGUUGCAUUUGCUUUUUCAAGUAUGGAAGAAUUGCACAAAAGAUUGAAUUUUUUGGAAUGAGGCAAGUAAAAGAACUGGGCACCAUUCAAUCCAUCUACACUAAUCUUGCAUCUGAGAGCCAAUCUAGUAGUACCUACGCAAUAGGUUUCACCUCUGCAGAUUUUAUCAUUUGGGACCUUGAGAAUGAAACAAAGAUGGCUCAAGUAUCCUGUGGUGGCUGGCGGCGCCCUUAUUCUUAUUAUCUUGGGACAGUCCCUGAAUAUCAGAACUGCUUUGCCUUUGUAAAGGAUCAUGAUAUUCACAUUCACAGGCACUGGGCACCAACUCAUGAUAAGAAAUUACUCGCUCAAGUUCUCCAUUUGCAGUUUCAUGGUAGAGAAGUGCACUCGUUGUGUUUCAUAAAUCCAGCAAGCCAUUCAGAUCCUGAGAAUAGCUCAGAUCUGUUGAUAGCAACCGGGUGUGAAGAUGGAACUGUGCGCCUUACAGGAUUUUUGACUGGUAGUUCUGGAAAAUGGCAUUCCUCAAAGUUGCUAGGGGAGCAUGUAGGCGGGUCAGCUGUGCGAGCUACAUGCUUCAUACCAGAGACCUACACAGUAACAUAUAAUUCAUGUAACUACAGUUCGAACGGUAUUUCUGAUGGCAUUGCUGUUGAAAAAGACGAGACUUUCUUACUCAUAUCUGUUGGAUCAAAGCAAGUCCUCACUACUUGGAUUUUGCAACCGAGGAAUGCAGAAAACAGACAAGUAUAUUCAAGUGGCUUAGAUAUUGACUCCAAGCAAAACUCCAGAAACUUGGAAAACGUUGAUUCAGCCAUGUCAUUUCAAUGGCUAACUACCCACAUGCCACCAAAGCUUCCUAGGAACAGACUGAAAUCUGGCCACAUAAAACAGAGGGUUGAGGAAGGAAAUUUUUCUGUUGUUCAGCCAAAUAUGGACGUUAUGGAUCACAUGGAAAAUGACUGGCGUUACCUUUCUGUUACAGCAUUUCAUUUGAAGCAUCCGGUUCUCAGCAGGUUGACAGUAUGUUUUGUUGCUGUUGCUUGCUCGGAUGCAACAGUUGUGCUCCGUGCUCUUCUGUUACCUUCUCGAUUGUGGUUUGACGUUGCCUUCUUGGUUCCACAUGCAUCACCAGUUUUGGUGCUGCGGCAUAUUAUCAUCAAUGCUAGCCACUAUAAAGAUGAUGCUGGAGACAGAUACCUUAUUGCGAGUGGAUCAACAGAUGGUAGCAUCACUUUUUGGAACCUGACAGAGACCAUUCAUGGCUUCAUGCAACUAAUAUCAGAGACUCAACCACAUAUGAGUAUUGAUUAUCAAAAGCGUCCCAGGACAGGAAGAGGGAGUCAAGGUGGUCGUCUCCGGUGGAGAUCACUGUCAUACGCUUCGAAGAAGAGAGAUGGAGAUAUGUCAUCCUCUGACGGAAGCAACCCGGGUAGCCUAAACACUGCUGAAAAUUCAUCUGAAGCUUCUGGUGUGGAAAACACUCAGAUUGUAGUGCAUGAAGCAAGUGACAGCUCAAAAACUGAGAUGCCUUCAAGUACCCAGUCAUGUGAUAUACCUGAAUUGAGACCAAUGCACUCGUUAUCCGGUGUUCACCAGUCAGGCGUUAAUUGCCUCCACAUAUCAUUCUCAACACCUGACAAGUCAUACUGCAUUAUAAGUGGUGGAGAUGAUCAAUCUGUUCAGCGCUUCAACUUCAGAGUAAUAUCUUCGGAGGAUUGCUUAACAACCCCAGCAAGGCUAAAUUCGCAUGACAAUGACACACUUAAAAUUCUAUAUCAACAUAAGGUAGCAUCAGCUCAUAGUGCAGCAGUUAAAGGAAUCUGGACAGACGGCACUUGGUCGUUCUCUACUGGCCUUGAUCAGAGAGUAAGAUGCUGGAAGAUGGGAUUAGCCGGCCAAUUCACGGAAUACUCCCAUGCUAUCAUUAGCGUGCCCGAGCCUGAAACUCUAGAUGUUUUCCAUGACCGGGCAAAGAGGAAGUACCACAUUGCUGUUGCUGGAAGGGGUAUGCAAAUGGUCGAGUUCUCACCACCUGAAGAUGAUUGACUACAAUGAUUGCAACCCCUGCUAUGGAUGUCACAUGGAUGUUGAUUUUGCUCGGCUUGCGUGGAUCAUGUAGUUCUAUACUGAGACGGUUUUUUUUAAAAAAAAAAUGGUUAAGGAUGUAACAAACAGAGAAUUUGAUGUGUUAUCAGGCUAUGACAAACAGAUCCUACAUAUACACAUAUAAAACACUGUUUUGCAUUUGCAAUGUAUAAUGUACUAUUUACAGA